AUGAGCGACGGAGACGAGCCGUCAACAUUGAUGGAAACCGAGGCUAUGGAAAUCGGGCAAGGGGGAGAUCUGGGCGCGCGCCGUUCCCUGGAUGAGCACCAGGCGUCGCGUCAAUCUCCCCCUCCUCCACCGCUCGAGAUUCCUCAAUCUCCUGAUCAUUCUCCUUCUUUUCCACAACUCAUCACAACAGACGGCCUAGACACUGAGGCGGAGGUAGACGAAGAGGUAGAAGUGUCUACUGCACUCCAAGAGGUCACACUCGACUCGCCUACCAUCGAGCCCAACCACGCCGACGACGUCGCAUCCCCACCUCAAUCUGAUCACCCCAUCUUUCCACCUGCCUCUUCAUCCUUACCGCCGGCGGCCCCUGCCCACUCCUCCUCGGACCCAUCACCUUCCCUCUGUUCCCCGGUCGCUGCCGACGACGACAGUGCAUUCCCUGACGACAUCGCUACUGACGACACGCCCCCAACACCACCACCUCACUCCCCAUCCGACCCAUCUCCCCUUCCCCGCUCCCCGGUUACCGAUAUCGGCGAGCAAGACUCACCGCCACCAACUCCACCCAAAGAUCGCCCGGCGGCAUUAGGCUUCCUCGCGCCCCACAUGGCGUCCUCGCCGAGAAUGACCCCAUCUCCAGUCGAAUCGCUCUCGUCACGAAGACAGCAGAUCGUCACCCCAAUCAAAAUCACGGAGCCGUCACCAGAGGCCUCUCCGGCGCGCUCACCUAUCGCCUCGCCGACGCAGUCGCAACGCGCCCUGUCCCCCAAACCCGUGCAUGCGAGUCCUCGAACACCAGACUUCCUCGCUUCCCCUCGCUUCCGCUCCAUGGACUUGCACGCUGAGGAGGACGAGGACGAGGACGAAGACGAAGAUGGCGACCCGAGCGGGCAGUACGAGAACGUGUCGCUCGACGCGGCUACCCCUGCAUCACCAUCAGUACAGACUGCGACGCUCAAGGACGUCGUCGACGGCAAGCCGAGCAUACCCACCGCAGUGACGAUCUCGGUGAACGGGAGUCAUGGGGGCUCGCGUCUCGGUUCGAUCGCAGGCUCCCAUCGCGGCUCGAUGGACGUCCCUUCGCCAGUGAGCGGCUCGUCUACGCCGCGGAUACACGCGCCACCAGCCCACCCACACCCUUUCCCCAUCCCGACGUCCCCGCGCUCCGGCCCUGUCCCACAGGUCACAGAUCUGCCGGGCAAGAAGGGCAACACGCCGCCCGCCGCACUCGGUGUCAAGGGUGUGAGCACGAUGGACAAGUUCCUCUCGCGCACGCGCAUGCAGCACCUCCCGCCCAAACCCAAAGCCGAAGAUGAGACACAUCUCCACGAGUGGGAGCAGAUGAUGGCCAAGGCGCGCGAGCACGACGCUGAGCGCCGCAAGCAGGAGCAGACACGACGCGCCGAGCGCGAGCGCCACCUCCUCGCUGUCACGCCCCGGUGGGAGAGCCUGCUUGCGCGCGACUUCUCCGUAGACAAGAUCCGCGAGAGCCAGUCGCACCGUCAGCUGUGGUUCGAGGGCAUCCCGUCGCAUCUGCGCGGCAAGGCGUGGGCCCUCGCCAUCGGCAACUCGCUCGCUAUGCAUCGGGACGCGUACAAGGGGUACCUGCGUCGCGCGCAAAGAGCGAUUGAGAGCGGCCGCUUCCCCGCCGACAUACUGGAGCAGCUCGAGGUGGACUUGGAUGACACGCUGCCACAUCUGCACGUCUUCCAGCGCGGGUCGCCUGUACGCGAUGAGCUCAAGGAUCUGGUGUGCGCAUGGGUCGUAUAUCGAUCCGACUCAGGUCGGGGUUACGCGCCGUACAUCACCCUGCUGGCGGCGAUGUUUGCGCUCGUCUCGCCGCCCGCGCAGGCGUUCCUCUCGCUCUGCAACUUCCUUUCCAGGCCGUGCCUACACGCGUUCUACACCGACACGCGUGACGAGAUUGACGCGUUCUACCGCGUCUUCGAGAACCUGCAGGCCGACAAGUUCCCACGCAUCUACGCCAACUGCAAGAACCUCGGUUUGAAGUUGCCCGAAAGCUACUUCCGCUCGGUGCUGGUUGAGCAGGUACCAUUCGAGGCGGCCUGUCGCCUGUGGGACCAAAUCGUGCUCGAGGGCGACGGCUACAUCUUCCGCUCGGCGUUAGCCAUCUUCGGCUUCCUAGAGCCACGGCUGUAUUACCCCGACAAGGACGAGAUUGCGUCGGUUCUCGAGGGCCGGAACGCUGCGACGGCAGCCAUCGCCGAGCGCGAACGCGAGCGCGCGCGUCUCCGUGGCGAGCAAUACGAGGAGUCGCUGGACGGCAAGUUGAGCGUAUUUGGGCUACACGAGGAUGCGCUGUUCGACUGGCUGGCUCAGGACGGGUGGAAGGAGAGCGCGUUCGAGCGGCUGGUCGUGCGCGAGCUGCCCGAUUAG